AUGACCCCCAUCGCGUCUCGCAUCACCUCCAUCACCGCCCGCCAGCUUAAGAACACUCGCGCACUCGCGUCCCUCCACUCCAACCCCAUCACCUCUGCCCCACCUCCCAAGAUGCCUGUCGCCCAGACCGACCUCAAGCCUCUCCUUGAGCAGAACCGCAAGCACGUCACCCCCGCGCUCACCCGUCUCCACGAUGCCAUCAUCGUCAAGGGCCAGGGAUGCACCGUCUGGGACCAGGAGGGCAACGAGUUCCUCGACCUCACCGCCGGUAUCGGAGUCACCAACCUCGGCCACUCGCACCCCGCCGUGACCGCCGCUGUUGUCAACCAGGCCCAGCAGAUCUCGCACGUCCAGUGCUCGGUCGCGUUCUCGCUCCCCUACCUCCAGCUUGUCGAGUCGCUCCUCCCCCUCAUGCCCCACCCUUCGCUCGACACCUUCUUCUUCUGGAACUCGGGUUCCGAGGCCAUUGAGAUGGCUCUCAAGCUCGUCAAGCGCGCCUCGAACCGCCCCAACGUGAUUGUCAUGCAGGGCUCGUACCACGGCCGCACCCACGGUGCCUCGGCCCUCACCAAGUCCAAGAACGUCUACACCAUGGGCACCGGUGCUACCAUGAACGGCGUCUACACCACUCCCUUCCCUUACUGGCACUCGCUUGGUGUCGACCCUGCCACCCCCGAGGAGGAGCUCGUCAAGAUGGCCAAGUUCCAGCUUGAGCUCCUUAUCAAGCAGCAGACUGCCGGCGGCGACGUCGCUGCCCUCUUCAUCGAGCCCGUUAUCGGUGAGGGUGGUUAUGUUCCCGCCCCUGCCUCGUGGCUCCAGUUCCUCCGCGAGUUCUGCGACAAGCACGGCAUCCUCCUUGUCAUCGACGAGGUCCAGACUGGCUUUGGCCGUACCGGCAAGAUGUUCAUGUCCGAGUACUCGGGUGUGCGCGCCGACGUCAUGAUCUUUGCCAAGGGUCUCGCCAACGGCUACCCCCUCUCGGGUGUCGUUGCCUCGCGCGAGCUCAUGGCCAAGCAGGAGCCCGGCACCAUUGGCGGCACCUACGCCGGUAACGCCGUCUCGUGCGCUGCCGCCGUCGCCGUCGCCGAGGUCUUCAAGACUCAGCCCAUCAUUGAGAACGUCAAUGCCCGCUCGGCCCAGCUCUUCGAGAUGCUCAACGGCCUCAAGUCGAGCCCCAAGACCGCCAACCUCAUCGCCGACGUCCGCGGCAAGGGUCUGAUGGUCGCGUGCGAGUUUGCCUCGGCCGGCGACGCCCUCACCGUCAAGGACGGCGUCACCAUCCCCGCCAACGUCGGCAAGCGCGUCCAGCAGAAGUGCCAGGCCGCCGGCCUCUUCAUCCUCACCACCUCGUGCUUUGACACCAUCCGCUUCAUCCCCCCUCUCGUCAUCACCGAGGAGGAGAUGGCUCGCGCCUGCAAGGUCUUUGCCCAGGCCGUCGAGGAGGUCGCUCGCGAGGGCUAG